AUCAGUGCCUCGAGAAGUUUCUGCGAACAGUGGAGUGUCGGUCUCCCUAUCAGUGCCUCGAGAAGUUUCUGCGAACAGUGGAGUGUCGGUCUCCCUAUCAGUGCCUCAAGAAGUUUCUGCGAACAGUGGAGUGUCGGUCUCUCUAUCAGUGCCUCGAGAAGUUCCUCACAGAAUUGUCGUGUUAGUGACGUUAAAAUGGGAAACAUUUUAGGAGAUUUACUCCUAACAGUACUUCCGAGAGACCGAAUCAUUAUAGAUGACAUUAUAUUCAGAUUGUACUACCAGACGACGACAUACAUACUAGUAAUAUGCCUUACACUCAUCAUUGGCGCAAGGGCCCUGGACGAUGUACUUGCAUGCUUUGAAGCAGACAACACACGUAACAGAACCAUUGAACUGUCGUGUUAUAUCCAGAACACGUACAUAGCUAUGAAAAAUAUGUCAGAGAAUAACAUGAUGGACGUAAAUACCCCUGUGACCGUGCAUUCUUAUCACGAGUGGGUAGUGAAAUUCCUUUUUAUCCAAGUUAUUACUAUCUGUGCGCCCCGGUACAUCUGGAAAUUCCUGGAAAGUGGAAGGAUGGAGUCUCUCGUCUCGAAUAUCAGACAACCAAACUUAUCAGAAACCGACAAGAAUUUGUGGAAACAGGAGAAAGUGGACUAUUUCACUUCCGAGCAACAUCAGCCUCCUAGCUUCUACGUUUACGCAUAUAUAUUUUGUGAGUUUCUCAACUUGGCCAAUGUUCUACUUCAGAUGUUCCUCAUGGACUACUUCCUAGAUACUGUGUUCACGACCUACGGAUGGAACAUUCUCUCUCUCAUAACGACACCGACUCAAGAUCGUGUCGACGCCAUGGCCUUGGCAUUCCCGACACGUGUAUUGUGCACGCUUCAUGACCGCGGAUCCUGGAUGUGCCACCUUAAAAUCAACUAUAUGAACGAGAACACGCUCGUCUUACUGUGGUUCUGGUACGCGUUCCUGGCCUUCAUGUCCAACAUCAACCUCAUCCUACACGCUCCUGUCCUCUAUUCCAGGAGAAUCCGUGCUCAACAACUGCAGGAUCUCAUGUUAGGCAACUCUCGUUCUGAAGCAAGGGUCAUCGCCCAAUCUUUCAACCUCAGUGAGUGGUUUAUGCUGUGCCGAAUAGGCGAGAACGUCGACUCCAUUAUAUUUCAACAACUCGUUGUAGAUAUAGACAGACAGAUUAAUUCACUGUAAGUUUGUUCUAAUUAUAAAUGCUUUUUAAUUUUUAAGUUUUGACUGUAUCAUUUGUGUAGGAUCACUAGGAUCUUCAAGCUUUCUUAUACAACAGUAUUAUUUUAUAAAACGAGCCAGUAUUUUUGUUUUUUUCAUAUAUCUAAUUAAAAUAAUAUUUGCCAUUUUAAUGGAUUUUAAAUGUAAACUUUUAUGUUUGAAAGUAAAAUUACUACGCCGUUUUCAGGUUUUUACAUUAGUAACAUUAAUUUAAAUGACGAUUUAACUAAAUAUAUUAUACCUUAUAUGUGCGUGUCUACACAUACACGCACACACACGCACACAUUUUUACAAGUUUUCAACUAUCUGAUAUCUCUUUUCUUAUAAUUUGUAGGCGAUUGGAUUAUCUGAUCAGGCCUUUUGCCUUGGAGGUCCUAAGUUUUAUAGUUUUGUUCUAAUAUUAUUUAUACAGUUUAUUUUAUUUUGAAGCAUUUAUUAUGACAUGUAUGGUGUCUGUGUAUGAAUCUGAGUGUUGUUUUCUUUGUAAAUAAUGUUGAUUUAUAGUUUCACCGAUUAAAUUACUAACACGUUCAGCCUUGGCAAGUUAUAAUUUUUUUUAUUUUUUG